GGGGUUUCUUACAUUGAAAAAAGUAGUAGAUAGGGUUUACUUCAACUCUAAUCCGAUGCUGUCCCCUUCCUUUGUAUUUAAUGUGAAAUAUUCAACUGGUUUCCAACAUAAAAACUUACCAAGACUUGAAGUGUUCAAGUCUUGUCAGUGUGAAAUGUAGAGCACGAAAUCCCUUUAUGCUGCCUGUUUACGGGGGCCUGCACAAAUAUGCAGUGCUUAUGUUUAUCUCAUGAGUAAAAGCUCUCCUGUCCUGCCCCCUCGUUUUCAUUACAGCUUUGACCAUUCAACAAGGUAGUAGCUGCAGUCGUAAACAUGUCUGGAGUUCUUCAUGCAAGUGGAAGCACUUUGGGACGGUGCAUGUGCAUCAUCACAGGAGCCUCGAAGGGAUUCGGACGGACACUUGCACACCUUGCGUCAGGCUACCUCAAGCCGGGCUCCGUGCUGUUGCUGGUGGCUCGCUCCAAACCUCUGCUCCAGGAGCUGAAGGGGGAACUGCUGCAAAGCCUCCAGGACCUGACCAUUUGCUGUACGGCAGCAGAUCUGAGCACAGAAGAAGGCGUGGAGGACACCUGUGAACGUGGCAGGACGGCAAAGCAUCAAAGACAUAGAACAUGUGCUUCUUGUCUGGUGCUGGUGAGGCUUACAUCCUCGUUGGGCGACAUCUCCCCGUUCGAGAGCGUCACUGAGCUGGAACGUGUCAAUUCCUACCUGGCCCUUAAUGUUAGCGCCGUGCUGGCGCUGACCGCGGGAGUGUUGCAGGCCUUUCUGCCGAGAGCCGGACUGCGAUGGAGCGUGUUCAACUGCUCCUCAAUGUUUGCGCUGCAGGCGCAGCCCUCCUGGGUGCUCUGCUGCACCGCCAAAGCGGCCAGGGAGAUGAUGUUCAGGGUGCUGGAAGCUGAGAAUCCCAACGUCCAAGUGCUCAGCUACUCGCCGGGGCCAACGGACACAGAGAUGCAGGAGAAAAUUCAGCGGCUGACCGGCAUCCAGUAUCAUUUGUACCCAUGGCAGGAAUCCGCAACCAAGCUGAUGAGGGUUCUUUUAGACAACGACUUUGGCACAGGCUCGCGCCUUGAUUUCUUCGAGUUGUGAUCUCAACCACGUGUUUGUUAUCAGGACCAAAUUUUCAGGCUGUGCGACAUGUCUGAUGGUGACCCUUGCAAUCCAUGCCACGCCACAGCAUAGUACUGCUAGAAAUAAAAGGAAUACAAGAUGUACGUAUGAAAGAAUCUUUUACAUAAAAGCGGUCCUACAUGUUAUUUCUUUGGAUUUUAUUUUAUAACAUUUAGGGAAAAAGGUAAUGAUCCCCAAGAUGAUUCCAAUCUUUUUUAAGCUUUGGUUCCAAUGGCUCGUAUGUCUCCCUCACAGUUCUGGGGUUCUGGGUUUGAGUUCGGACUCUGGAGUUCCUGUGUGAAGUUUUCAUCUUCUCCCUGUGCAUUAGUGGGUUUUCUCCGGGUACUCCACUGACCUUCCACAUCCCUAAAACAUACGUUACGUUCAGUGAAGAUCGGGGAUGUCCAAAACUUCUUUCAGAUGAAACCCAAUUCAGUAAUAGAUUAACAAAUGUUAAGCAGUUAAACAUCCAUCCAUCCAUUUUCUGUACCGCUUAUCACCACUAAGGUCGCGGGCGUGCUGGAGCCUAUCCCAGAUGUCUUCGGGCGAGAGGCGGGGCACACCCUGAACUGGUCGCCAGCCACCCGCAAGGCACAUUGAAACAAACGAACCAUUGGCACCCACAUUCACACCUACGGGCAAUUUAGAGUCUUCAAUCAACCUACCACGCAUGUUUUUGAGAUGUGGGAGGAAACCGGAGUACCCAGAGAAAACCCACGCAGGCACGGAGAGAACAUGCAAACA